GCAAAGGCGCCUUGCGCCUUGUCUGCCUGCCUCUAUCGCACAGUGUCUCAAGACUUCCUUUCAGGCCGAGUCAGCAGUGGAUGAAUUAUCUCGAGAAAACUUUGUCUGCCCUCUUUUGCUCUGUCCUUUUUCAUUCGGGAAAUAUCGAUAUCCAUAUCCGUGCUUGAUUACCCCUUCCUGCAUGUUCCAAUGUUUCUGUACUGUAUUUAUUUGCGAGAACUGGAAAAGUUUGUAAAGUACUUUUGCAUGUUCAGUACAGAUUUUGCAUCCAGCUACAGUACCGUCUGUGCUAAGUUACUUAACAUAAAGACAGGGAAGUGCCUAAUAUUUUUUUAUAAGCAGAGCUGUAUGCAACGGGAAUUCAGAAUGAUCAAGCAUAAAUACGAGGAUUUGGAGUAAGGAUAUCCUAUCGUUUUGUCUCGGCUGGGGGCUUGGUGUUUGGUUGGAUUCCCAGCGUUUCAUUUAUUUUGUUCAUAAAUUUAAUCCGAAACCAUCUUCGAUUCGAAUGGAUUGUUUACAUUACCGGAAAGGGCAUGUUAAAUCAGCUUACUGCAUCGAACGUUAACAACAACAAACUGGGCUUUUAACUUGUUCUCCACAGUUACGCCUGUCUAUUAUUUUUCGGUUUGGAUGAAUGAUUGUGUACCGAUCUGGAAGCUUGCUGUAUUACACCAAAACUUUGCGAUGUGUUACAAAGUGUUUUUGUAUCUGUCCUGGAUCUUUUCCUGUAUUUGUGCAACUGCUGCACAGCAGAGUUACCAGCUUCAUCAUCCCCAAAGCGAAGCCCAUAAUUCCCGAUGUUAUGAUGACAGGAGGCGCCCGCAAAAAUGUGUUCCGGAAUUUGUAAAUGCAGCGUUCAACGUUUUGGUGGAGGCCACGAACACCUGCGGCGAUCCGCCUCUUGAGUAUUGUUUUCAGACGGGUGCUACCGGUGCGACUAAAUCUUGUGAAAUUUGUGAUGCAAGGGAUCCCUCUCGAUCCCAUCCUGCUGACUACUUAACGGAUUUUAAUAACAACGACAACACAACCUGGUGGCAGUCGACUACAAUGCGCGAAGGAGUGCAGUUUCCGAACGUUGUUAAUUUAACGUUAUCUCUCGGAAAAGCGUUUGACAUUACCUACAUUCGUUUAAAAUUCCAAACCAGCAGACCGGAAAGUUUUGCCAUUCAUAAACGGACACAAGAGAAUGGGGUAUGGAUACCCUAUCAGUAUUACAGCGCUACCUGCCGUGAAACAUACAGUUUAUCAGAGGAUAAUUAUCUUCGACGAGGAGACGAGACUCGAGCCCUGUGCACAUCGGAAUUUAGCGAUAUUUCUCCCCUCGUCGGUGGAAAUGUGGCUUUUUCAACUUUGGAUGGACGCCCAACAGCCGUUGAUGAAAGCAACGCACUGCAGGAAUGGGUGACAGCUACGGAUAUAAGAAUUUCUCUUCAACGUCUUAACACAUUCGGCGACGAAAUUUUUGGUGACCCGAACGUACUGAAGUCGUACUAUUACGCUAUCAGCGACUUGGCCGUGGGAGGCAGAUGUAAAUGCAAUGGGCAUGCAUCUGAAUGCGUUCGGAGUACAGGUCAAGGCCUGGAAGAACGUCUCGUCUGUCGGUGCGAGCACAAUACGGCCGGGGUCGACUGUCAAGAGUGUUUGCCUUUUUACCAGGAUCAGCCAUGGCGGCGCGCAACAACCGAAAAUGCCCAUGAGUGCCAACCUUGCAACUGUAAUGGUUUGUCCCACCGGUGUUAUUUCGACUUGGAACAGUACCGUCGCACCGGCCACGGCGGCCACUGCGUUGACUGCGCGGGAAACACCGACGGUCCUCAUUGUGAAACGUGCAAAUCCAACCACUAUCACCGGCCGGGUGAUCUUAGCCGUCAUUGUCUUCCAUGCAACUGCCACGAGAAAGGAGCUUACAAAUCUCAGUGUAAUGAUACUGGAGUUUGUGAAUGUCGUCCGGGCGUGGCCGGAGCGAAGUGCGACCGAUGUGAAGUGAACUUCUACGACUUCACCGAUCGAGGAUGCCGACCCUGUGGAUGUACCGUUGCCGGAAGUGUGAACAACAUUCCAAGUUGCACUUCGGACAAAGGACAAUGUUCCUGCAAGGUGCAAGUGGAAGGUCAGAAUUGCGACAAGUGCAGACCCGGAUUUUUCAACCUGGAAGAAAACAAUCCGUAUGGUUGUUUGUCGUGCUUUUGUUUCGGCCAUUCAUCCAUUUGCAGCAGUGCCACUGAUUAUUCGCGAACAAGCAUAUCCACGGAUUUUUCGAAUGGAGUUGGUGGUUGGACAGCAGUAUCACUAAAUGGGAGGAAUGUGACCUUGGAAAUUCUUCCUACUGGUCCGAACGGACUAGGGAUUAGGCAGCACGGCGCGGAUCCAAUAUAUGUUUUUGCUCCUGAAUCUUAUCUUGGUGAUCGGCGUUUCAGUUACGACCAGAAUUUGACAUUUGCACUGCGACUAUCGCAGGAUGGUGCUCGCGCUUCCAUACAGGACAUCGUAAUAGAAGGGCGCGGUAUGGAGUCAGAAACACUGAAAAUUUCUGUACCGAUUUUCGCUCAGGGUAAUCCAAUGCCGAACCGGGCGAAGCAAACUUACAAAUUCCGAUUGCAUGAGCAAAAGGAGUAUGGAUGGAGUCCCAGACUGAGUUCGUUCGAAUUUCAGCGCCUGCUUUCCAAUGUUACGUCGAUUCGAAUCCGCACGACAUACGUGACCGAUGGUACCGGUUACGUCGACAACAUCUCGCUGGGUUCAGCAUCGCCGAUUUCGGAUUUUGUCACAAAGGGUGUCGGUCAGUUAGCCAGCCACGUUGAAACGUGCCAAUGCCCCAACGGAUACGUAGGACAGUUCUGUGAAGAUUGCGCUCCUGGUUUCCGGAGGAGUGUAUCGGGCGGCGAUGUGUUUGCCACAUGUGUGCCUUGUAAUUGCCAUAACCAUUCCGAUACGUGUGACCGGAAGACCGGACGGUGUCUGUGCCAGCACAAUACCGCUGGUGACAGUUGUGAAAAGUGUGCUCCGGGGUUUUACGGAACACCGCAGAAUGGUAAACCGGACGCCUGCCAGCCGUGUCCCUGCCCGAGGAAUGGUCCUUGCGCAUUAUUAAACGACAAAGAUGUGGUUUGCACUGGUUGCGCAACGGGAUACGCUGGUCUUCGUUGUGAGUUGUGCGCGGAUGGAUAUUUCGGUGACCCGGAAGGCAAGCACGGUCCCGCUACGGACUGUCAGCCUUGCAACUGCAACUCCAACAUUGAUCUGAAUGCUGUGGGCAACUGCCACCCUCUGACUGGGAAAUGUUUGAAGUGUAUUCAUAACACUACGGGAGAUAGUUGUGAGCAGUGCCUGGCUGGUUAUUAUGGAGAUGCAUUAAAAAAGACUUGCCGACUCUGUGAUUGUUAUCCUCCGGGUACCGAGCCAUCGAGUGGGAACGUUUUGGAUUGUGACAAAUCCAGUGGACAAUGUCCAUGCAAGCCUAACGUUAUUGGGCGCAAGUGUAACGAAGCGCCUAUCGGUUACUGGAAUUUGAUCUCCGGAGAAGGUGGUCAGCGGUGUGAUUGCGAUCCGAAAGGGUCAUACAAUCGUUCGUGCCAUCUCAUGACUGGGCAGUGCUUCUGUCGUGAUGGUGUGACGGGACGUCAGUGCGAUCGGUGCCUCCCAUAUCAUUAUGGGUUUUCGGCUACGGGAUGCCGUCCGUGCAAUUGCGAUGGAAUAGGAGCACUGAGCCUGCAGUGUGAUGCUAAUACUGGACAGUGUCAGUGCCAAAAAGGGGUCGUUGGGAAACAGUGUAACCGAUGCGAGGAAAAUCGGUACAAUAUAUCGCUGGGCUGUCUGGAAUGCGAUGUGUGCUACGGACUGGUUAAAGAAAGCGCUGAUUCAUAUCGGACUAAACUGCGGAAGCUGGAAGCGGCUCUGGAUAGCGUUGCUAACACAGCCGUAGAGGUUGAGGAUUUGGCUGGUUUUAAAAAUCGAAUGGAUUCAUUAGCGCAGCAAAUUUCGACGCUGGAAAAUAUGGCGUCUACAGCCAUUGGAACCCAGGUAACGGCGGCGGAUAGUGCUAACCUUAUCAGCCGGUUGGAUGAAAUUACCAAACGGAUCAGCACAAUAGAGCAGAAGCUCCAUAAUAUGUCAACGUUAAUUGAAAGCGGACGAAUGUUUGCCAAUGAUGCUAGUUACGUGGUGGCGGAAGGCGAAAAACUGGCCAAGCGUUGCUUCGAUGCUCUUGCAAGCGCUCGCAGUUACCUGGAGAACGAAGCGCGGGACGCCUUUUUAUCUGCUAAAGAUGCUUCUUCUCGCUUUGGACAGACUUCUAAUAAGAUGUCUGAGAUUGCACGUGAUUCGCGAAGACUUGCUGACGAGCAUGUAGCGGCGGCGCAAGGGAUCAUCGAGUUGGCCGACAAAUCUCUGAACUCAUCUCGCGAUGCUCUUCGCAUUUUAGCUGAUACUGUUGCUCGCAAAAACAAUAAUUCCCAUAUUCUGGAUGAAUUACGCCGGGAGCAGUCGUUGCUGCAGUCAUUGCAGACGCGCGUACAAAAUUUGGCUAGCAAAGCCAAAGAAGAUGCCGACAAAGCAUAUGCGGAAGCUUUGGAGAUCUACACUCAAGCAAGUGGAAUUACUGUACCGGUUAUUAACGUUUCGUCGCUGCUAAUGCAGGCUCAAGAUAUAGAUCAGGGAUCGCAACAGAUUGCCAAUUCAUCAUCGAAUCUGCUUAGUGGAAACGCAGCACUUUUGGACAUGAUUUCCGCUGAACAAAAGCGAGCGGAGAUAGCUUUAAACACCAGCAAGUCAUUGCAACAGGACACGGAUGCAAUGGUGGCCGACAUGGAUAAAGCUAAGGAUGAUGCGGAAAAGGCAAUCAGAAAAGCAGAGAAUAUCCUGAAAGAGGCCAAAGAAACUCUGGAGACACUCCAGGGUUUCAACGCCGUAGCUGAUCAAAGCAAGGCCAAAGCCAAGACGGCUAUCGCCGAAGUUCCCACCAUUGAAAACGGCAUUACCGAAGCCCAAAGAAAAAAUGACGAAGCCACAGUGGCGCUUAAUGCGGCGGAAAGGGACGCCAGCCAGGCUAAAAAUAUUGCGCUACAAGCACAGAAAACCGCUGAAGAAGCGUCCAAGACGGCUGGAAAAAUCCGAGAGGAUUCAAAUCAGGCCAAAAUUUUUGCUAGCGGUCUGAGGGAUAAGGCCGGAAUUUUGGCCGGCGAUGUUAAUCGAGCGAACACAGAAUUCGAAGGAUUAGUCACAGAAGCGAAAGCCGAUGAGGCUGCGGUAAAAGAAACAACCGAAAAGACAGGAGAACUUACCCGGAAAGUGGAACAAGCCAAGAUCAAGGUUGAUCAAGCCUGGGACAACGUGGAAGACAUUAUCCUGCAGCUGGCUGAUGUGGACGAUAUCCAGCCAGGCCAGCUGGAUGAGCUGGAACUACGACUAAAUGCCAUCGAAGCCCAGCUCGGACAAACGAAUUUGGCGCCAAGACUGCAGAACUUGACAAAUCUUCGCCAAACACAGCAGAGAGUCAUUAACGAUUACACUCUGGAACUGGAUCGUCUGAAGAAAGAAGUGGUCACUAUCGAAGCUAUCAGAAAUUCUCUUCCCGAUAAAUGUUUCAAUCAAGAGCGGCUGGAGCAGUGAUUUUGUCUGUAGACGACGAAUGUUUUGCCUUUUUUUGUAAACUUCGAUUUGAAGGUACGCGCCUUGUUCCGGGUGCCUGUGUGCUUCCAGUAAUGGUUGGUUGAAAAUUUUAGCUUUUAUGAAUUCUGUUUUUGUAUGACCAGUGUAUUUGUUGUUGUUCCAGUAUUCCAUGUUGUGCUUCCUAAAAUCUACUUCACGACUUUGGAUUGUUAUGCGCUUUAACUCAAUACUUUGAAUAUUUCGAUAGCCGAUUGUAUUUAGAUUGUCAGUGUUAUUUGUUGGUGCCACAGAACAGAAUGGAGAGCCCUGA